CACAGCUGCCUUACAGAACUACUGGCAAUAUUGCCAAAAACCUGUGGAGUACUCUUCUGGAAAGUUUACCUGACAAGAAGAGCUUUAUCAUCCAAGUGAAUUACCAGAGAAUAUCAGGACUUAGAGAAAACAUGAAACUGAUCCUCCAGUCCUUCCUCUAUUGCUGCCUGGCGGCCACAGUAGCACACUGUGCGUUACUUGAGGUCGACCCCAAGUUAAAAAAAAGACUCAGCAUAUGGCUAGGGAACAGACUCAGACGGGAUCUGGACAGUAGGACUGUAAACACUGAGCAAUUUGUCAGGCAGGAGGACAUCAGGGAUACCAUGCUGCCAUAUUCCAGCACUGACAUCAACGUCCGAACCAAGAGGUCCAAAAAUUCUGCCAACCAGUCGAGAAGACAAGGUUGUUCCCUUGGGACCUGCACGGUGCACGACCUGGCACACCGUUUGCAUCAACUCAAUAACAAACUAAAGAUCGGCAGCGCCCCCGUAGACAAGAUCAGCCCACAGGGUUACGGCAGGAGGCGCCGCUCCUUUCCAGAUGGCGGAGUUACACUGAAGCUGGAGCAGGGCAGGCUCAGGCCCGUGUGGAGCACAACCGAUUCACAGGUCCAUAAGCUCGAGGCUCUGCUCAGACAGACAUGAACGACAAUUUACAAAAAAGAAGGCCUUGGAACAAAAGCUGCAUGGGGGAAUCUCAAGAGUUAGGAAACCCUUUGCUCUGUUCUGAAAAUCUCUGGCCCUCAGAUUUGCCAAGUACUCUCCAGCACAUUUUCCCAGGCCUGGGGAAUGAGUCGGAGCUGGACUGGCCGCACUGAGUUUCUCAAAGAGCUGAGCCUUGUUGCUCAGUGAUGUGGAGCGAGCAACACAACUGCAAACACUGGAUGGCACAUUGUGGCACAACUACAAGGUGCUGCUCUCUGCUUGGCUGCGGGGCACCUAUAGAGUGCUGAUUUCUACCAAAGUGAGUGGACUAAUCCUCUAAUGUAAAAGAGGGAACUCUCUUCCAACAUUCAUCAACUUCUUGGACACAAUUCCUCCUUUAAUUUAAUAAGUGCCAUCAUGCAAGGAUAAAAAAAAAAAACUGUGAGCGCUUUUCCACUUAGACUCAAGUGAAUGAUCAGGAGAAUAUCAUGUGCACCACAAUGCCAAACAAGGAGAUGUACUUUUAAGUUUGUAUGUAUGUUUUGGGCACCAUAUAAAGGAAAAAAAAUGCCUUAAAUUCCGCAGGAUAUGUGCCAGUCCUCAACGAAUUGAAAUAUACUUGAACUUGUUAUUUGUACAAAAACACGUGCAAUCUAUACUUGUUUUUUUUUUAUUGCAGAUAUAUGUAUAUAAGAAUUAUUUUAUUUAUAUAUUAUGUAUUACAUUUAAGUACUCAUAGAACUAUUUUUGUACAGAAAUAAAGUAUACGGGCAUUGUAUUUGUUAUUAUUCUAUUACAGACUGUGGUAAUAGGAUAUCGGUCUGACAUAUGGGUCUAUUAUACAUUUGUGAAUGUGCUCUAUUCUA